AUGGGGCAGCAGUACCAGACAUUUCUGUCAAACAGUCAGUUGUGGUGGAGCAAUGUUACAGUCUCUUUCGGUCGUGGUAACCACCAAGAAAGAAGGAGAGAGAAGCGCUGGAAUAAUCAAAGUCAAGGUUGGGGGCAAGGUUACAACUACUUUAACCAAGGGGAACAUCAUAACCCCAGUUACAACCAUUACUCUCACCCCUUCAACGGAGUACAUCCGAACUCCUUUCAAGAACCGCACAUCCCUCGCCAAUUCAGCCAAGAAAAUAGUUACAAUUGGGGCGGCAGUGGUCAACACACAUCCGGUUCAUCUGGGGAAAGUCGCAAACGUUUCAGAGGUGGAACGAAUAGUUCACAUGAUGGUGGCGGAAGGGGCGCCGUAGGGAAGGCAGCUGAGCAAGCGGGGGGGAAACAAUUCUUUUGGCCUACUCAAAUAAGUUGCGAAAUGAAUUUGAUAGAAUGGCAUAUGGCCCUUGAGAACGCAAGGUUAUUGCCAGAAUUAAACCAUGUUCUUGACGGUUUCAAGUGCGGUUUCGAUCAAGGUAUACCUGUCCACAAAAUAGGGGAUUUGAGAUGGUACACGCCAGACAACCAUUCCUCGGCUAGCGAGGUAGCAGAAAAAAUCCAAAAUUCAAUCAAAGAAGAAGUAAAGGCAGGCCGAAUGUUCGGCCCAUACUCACAUGAAGAAGUCGCACAAAAAUUUUCCUUCUUCAGGACCAGCCCCCUAGGGUCAGUCGUAAACGCCGACGGCAAAAUGCGGCCAAUUAAUAAUUUAUCCUACCCAAAAAACGAUGAUGAAAUCAAGUCCGUUAAUUCCUUUGUGGACAAACUAGAUUUCCCGACAACAUGGGACGAUUUCAAAACCGUAUCGUCAUUUUUUAGGAACAAUAAAAAUACUUAUAAGCUUGCAUUGUUUGACUGGGCUAAAGCGUAUAGACAAAUCCCGACCCAGAUGUCACAAUGGCCUUUUUUAAUGGUGAAAGACUCAAGUGGAGGACUUUACGUCGACACCCGAAUCACUUUUGGCGGGGUCGCUGGGUGCGGCUCUUUUGGCGUACCCGCGGACGCGUGGAAACGCAUCAUGGAGCACGAAUUUGACGUUAUUAAGAUAUUUAGAUGGGUGGACGAUAACCUUUUCAUCAAAAGUAACAGUUCGUCAUGUAAAAUGAAAGACAUCACCAAUAGAUCGAUUAAAUUGGGUGUGUCAACUAGUCUAGAGAAAUGCUCCGAUUUCGCCGACGAACAAAAAUUUAUUGGUUUUAUCUGGAACGGAGAAAACAAGACGGUCAGGUUAACAGACAAGAAGUUAGCGGAAAGAAAAGAGCAAAUAAAGCUGUUCCUCAUUCAAGACGCAGAUUUCAAGUUCAACGACGCCGAAGUACUCGCAGGCCGCCUUAACCACGUGUCCUUCAUCCUACCACAGUUGAGGUGCUACAUUCGGAGCAUAUACAGAUGGAUGAACCAGUGGAAGAAGCAAUGGGCCACUAGGAAAAUUCCAGAAGACGUGAGAGUCGAUUUAGAAUUUUGGAUAUCAACUCUGGACACUUACACGGAGACGAGGUUGUGCCCAGCCAGCAAACCACUAGAGGUACAUUGGGUCGGCGAUGCCUCAACAAGCUUCGGUAUAGGUGUCUUGAUCGGCCAGAGAUGGACCCAACUUAGGUUGAAGGAAGACUGGAGGAUCGCGACACCACCAAGGACGAUAGCCUGGUUGGAAACUGUCGCUAUCCGCAUCGGAAUCCUGAUGCUACGAGAAACGCGCAAUAACAUAAAGGGGUCCAACUUCAUCGUAUAUACAGACAACACCACCACAGAAAACGUACUAGCGGUGGUCUCUAAGGAAAACGUGGCCGACGGCCUAUCAAGAGGCGUGCGACGCCCUCACGAGGCGGUGAACAGGGUCUGGAUAAACAUUCCCGACGAUCUUCAGCAUUUCAUGUUUCACGCGUAA